AUGCAGGUAAGCACAAAUGCUUCCAGCUUGAGAACGGCAGAUCCAAAAGGUCGGAGUGCAUUGUUGGCUGAUAUCCAGCAAGGAACUCGCCUACGAAAAGUCACACAGAUCAAUGACCGCAGCGCCCCACAAAUCGAGAAUUCUAAGGGAACCAACAAAGAAGGAGGUGGUUCUGCAAACUCCAGAGGUGGGAGCACACUUCCAGCCUUGGGAGAUCUGUUUGCUGGGGGCUUUCCUGUGUUACGACCAGCAGGUCAGAGGGAUGCAGCAGGUGGCAAGACAGGGCAGGCCCCUGGCUCCCGAGCACCUUCUCCCAGGCUUCCCACCAAAAAUAUCAGCGGUCCACUGAAUCCCCCUGCAUCUCCCCGGCUGGGAAAUGCCUCCGAGGCACAUGGCACUGCCCGGACAAUCCCUCCUCGCCCCAGCAUGCCUGCCCCUCCUCCUCCCACCUCACCCCCACCUCCCCCACCCUUACCCCCACCCCUGCCCCCAUCCUCCCCUAUCAAAGCUCCACUGGUGUCCCCACCUGGCCCACCCAACAAAGGGAACCCUCCAGUGGGUACACCCCCUCUCCCCACUGUGGCGCCUCCACCUCCACCACCACCACCUCCUCCAGCCCCACCCCUGCCACCACCGGCCUCAGUUCUCAGUGACAAGGCAGUGAAGCCUCAGCUAGCCCCUUUGUACCUACCACCCAUCCCACCCCCACUCCCCCUUCUCCCACCCUGUGGGUAUCCCGGACUCAAUGCAGAUGCUGCCAGCCCCACCCAAGAUAUGCAAGAGCUCCGGGCCCCACCAGCUUCUCCACCCCCACCACCUCCGCCACCCCCACCACCUCCGCCUCCGCCGCUCCCCGUUUAUGCCUCGUGCUCCCCAAGGUCUGUGCCUGUACCCCCUUUGCCAACCGCUAAUAACAGCAGUGAAGCACCACCCCCACUACCCCCCAAGUCCCCCAGUUUCCAGGCCCAGCCCCAGAAGCCGAGUGUGCAGGCCUUGCCCAUGCCUCCAGUCCCACCAGGGCCGCAGUUCCUGCAGAAGAAGAGGCACAGCCGAGGCCCAGGGACCAGUGGCGGGAAGCUAAAUCCACCCCCAGCUCCCCCUGCAAGAUCACCCACCACAGAGCUUUCAAGCAGGAGCCAGCAGGCCCCAGCCUGGACCCCGACCCAGCAGCUAGGAGGUCAGCUGAGAAAUGGAAGCCUACACAUCAUGGACGACUUUGAGUCUAAAUUCACGUUCCAUUCUGUGGAAGACUUUCCUCCUCCAGAUGAAUAUAAGCCAUGCCAGAAGAUUUACCCCAGCAAGAUCCCCAGAAGCCGUACACCUGGUCCCUGGCUCCAUGCCGAGGCGGCUGGGCAGAGCUCUGAUGACAUCAAAGGCAGAAAUUCUCAGAGACCUAUCACUGAACUCACGGCCCUUGCAGCUCAUGUCCGCUGCACCCUGUUCCAGCAGUAUCACGGUUUAGCCCCUUGA